CCAAAAGCUUUACGAUUAUCGCCCUUGUUUUAUUUGUGAUGGCCGAAAAUGCGUCAGAAUCUUCAUCUUUAAAAAAAAAAGCUAGUGUUUCAAAUUUCCCAGUUUACCAUUAAUCAGGGGCUGUCGAUGUCAAAAGUUCUCCACAGAGUGCAGAGAAGAGGAAGUUUGAAGAGAAAGGUGAUGGCGAGCCAGUGGAAAAGAAGAAAAUUACCAUGAGUUUUGGUGAACCAGUGGAAAAGAAGAAAAUUACCAUGAGUUUUGGUGAACCAGUGGAAAAGAAGAAAAUUACCAUGAGUUUUGGCCUAAAGAAAAAGACAGAUUUGUCAGCCAACAGCAAAGACACAGCACAACUGAUAAAGGCAGCACCUGUCAAAAUAUCACUCUCAACUCAGAAAAAGACUGAGCCCAUUCCAGUUAAACCACAGACAGCUGCUAUUGCCAAAGCUUUUAAUCAGGAUGAGAGUGAUGAGGAAGAAGAAAUGCCAUUUGAAGCCAAAAUGAGAAUGAAAAAUAUUGGCAGAGAAACACCAACAGCUGCUGGACCAAAUUCAUUUGGUAAGGGAAGAUUAGGAUUUGUAGACAGAAACAAAGCCAUAGAAAGAGAUAUUCAAAAACAAUUAGAAGACUUAGGAGAAUCAUGAUUUAUUUAUAUCUCUUUAACAUGAACCAAACUUAUGCAUUUGUGUUUUUGCUUGCUGAAGUUUUUUUUAAUAAAUGUGUAAGUGAUACUUUUAAAGAUUAAGUAGAACAUCAGUGGGAUUAAGUUUUUGAUAGUUAAAACUUUUUGAGUGGUACAGAGAGAUACAUAUUUUGGGUCAUUGUAAAAUAUAUUCACAGACUUUAACAUCUUUUCUGGCUUUUCAAAAAUCAUGAACAUGCAUCUAAUACAAUGAAAAUGGCCAAUUCUUCUAAGGGAUGUUCCAUAGUGAAAUACAUGAGACCCUGGGAAGGAAACAUGAAUUUGCAACUAUCAUGACUAUGAGUUAGUGUGAAAUAAUUAUAGCUUUCAUAACAAGUGUAGAUUGCAAGCGAUAUCCAAUUUUAAUGAGUUGUUAAACCUACUUCUCUAGAAAAAAUAUUCUCUUUGGGUUAAAUAGAAAAGUGUGUGACCCAUUGGUACAAUCUUUUGCACAUAAUAUAAUGACAUCAUAUGUUCUGUCCUGAAAUCAACAUUUAAGACAUUAUUCAAAAUUUUGUAACUUCAGAAUGAAAUCAAAUUUGACAAAAAAAUAAUUUUAGAUUCUUUUUGUUUAUAUAUGACUUUAUGCAAGAGAUAGAUAACAGGCCACAAAAUUAAGAGAAUAAGUUUUACAGGUCAAAAAUUGCUUCUGUGUUGUUACUCUAUUUUCAUAGUGCAAUUUCAACGUUUUUAUGGAUUAUGAAUCAGUUUAUAAAGAAGAGAAAAAAAUCAUUGUUUCGCAUGAACAUUCUUAUGCAUAGACUUUAAAUCACAUUUUACUAUUAUAAAAUUAGAAUUAUGUAGUUUAAGGUGUAAAUUGAGAAGGCCAAUGAGGGCAAAGUAAACAAUAAAUGAUGCAAUGCAAGUGUGCUUCAGUUUAGAACUUUGGCAUUUGAUUUAUUUGUAUUUGAAUACAUUUGUAUGACAUGAAUCACAUUGUGUAGCAUGAAUGUAAGGUUUUUGUUUAAUCUAUUAUUUACAAGUAUUUUGAAGGACAGUAAAAUGCUGUGAAAUACUAGUCAAUAAUGUAGUUGUUAUAUAUGAUUAAUAAUGAAAUCCUCUACUGCUUGUUACUGGGAUGUUUAUUUUUACUAUGUAAAGUCUCCCAUACUGUUUUACAUCAUCUGUCUGACAAACUAAUAGUUCUACAAUUUAUGUACCAUUUAGUUUAUUGCAUGCAAAAUGUUUCAUGCAUUUUUUUUAUUAAGUGUGAUUUGCUUUUAUGUAACACAUCAAAAUUAGAAAAGAUGUGAUGCUUUAAAUUUUUGAUUUAACAAUAUCAUUCUUAAUGAGGAAAUACAAAAACUAACGUUGUCUUGGACAAUGAAGUAGAACAAAAUUGAUAUGAAACUGUUAUGAUGCAUACACUCAAUUUAAAAAAAAAACGGUUUCUGGUAUUUACCCCAUUGUUCAUAAAAAUACUGAAAAACUAACGAUUCAUUAUUCUGUAAGUUUUGUUCCACAUUUAAACUGUUUAUUAACAACUGUAUUUCAAAAUGAAUUAGAACAACAACAAAACCAUUGCUUUAACUGAAAUAUUAGUGAGUAAAACAUUAAAAAAAAAUAAUAUUUAAGUAAAACAGACUUUUAUGAUAUUAAUAAAAGACCUAUUUUCAUCUAUAAUGGGUUAAUUUCAUUAGUUGUGACUUGGAUGGAAAUUUGUCUCAUUGGCACUCAUACCACAUCUUCUUAUAUCUAAUACAUAUAUAUAGCUUUUGACACUUAAUGGACAUAUCAUUUUUACUAAAUUUGACACAUUUAAAUACUUAUAUUGUUGUCAGAAGUGAGUGAAUUGACCAUUCAUUGAGUAAAACGAAUAUAACAUUAGACACAAGGCAUGAAUGACUUGGUUGGGUAAAAUAUGGUUAAAUAAAUAUUUUUUAUCUAUAGCAUUUGUUUUGGGGUUACUGGUUAAAUAAAAAAAAAAAAGUUUUAGCUAUUUCUUUUAAUUGUAUAUAUAUGUAUUCACAAAUAUGUAUUGAUUUAUAUAUUAUACAUUUUAAUUGACAAGUAUAGAAGUAACAGCAACUGGUACAUUUGUAUUUCAUAUUGAAAUAAAACAAUUCAUUCAUCUAACAGCUAGACAUUUUUGCCACAUUUUAUAUUAGUAUUUGUAUUAAAAGAAUGUAGUAACCUAUAAAAUAACAUGUAAAAAUUAGCAUAUACAUGAUGUCAAUGAAUCUAAUUUAUUCCUAAAAUAUAGGUAUCUUAGGUCUAAAUGAUACAUGUAACUCUAUAUAAGUACAAAACCACUAGUUCAUGUUUGAGGGAUAGAUAUACACAUGUACAAAACACCUUCAUUUUAAACUUAUGUAUUUUCAUCAUUACAAAACAAAUGUGCUGGAUACUUUGACUUAAAAGGAUGUUCGCUCCUCUGCUAAAAAAUAACAAGCUUUUUAAAAGACUAUUAUAGAUUGAUAGUAUAUAAAUACUGUAACUAAAAAAGUUUAAAAAAAUGAAGGGUCCGUGUUCUCUUGAAAAUUUGGCGGGAAAUAAUUCUCUCAAGACUUUUUGUAUAUCUAAUAUUUGGCACCUUAUUCUUUCAAAAAAUAUAAAAAAAAAUACAAGAAUUUUUUAAAAUUUUGAAAUAUGGCUUUUUAAAAUUUACGAAUAAAAUUAUGAAAAGAAAAGUAGGGGUUUGUGGGCAAUUUUUUUUUAAUGACAAUUCAUGGAUAAAACCAGAGGAUUACGAAAAUCGGGCAAAAAAAUCAAAAAAUGGAGGAGCAAACAUCCUUAACAUUUGAUUUCCAUCAUGGAGAAGUUGUGAUCUACUGAAUAUUUUGUAUGGAUGAAAUUGAAAAAAAGUAAUUAUUGUAAUUUUUUUUAUCCAAAUCUUGCAAAUUGUUGUUGUUUUAAUAAUGAUUAAAUUAAUAUUAUCUUUAAA